GCGGAUCCAGCAAGCACUGUCGGCCGAAAGCCUUGCGAGCGGCCGGGUGGGCUGAGGGGGCGGCGGUAGCUUUGGAGCGGGGAAGUUUGGGAGACGCGACCUACUCUGCGAUCCUGAGCACCGCUCAAGUCCCAGAACCGCGGGGGCAGGCGGACCCGCUUCCCGACGCCCCCCGGGCCCGCAGCCGUCAUCUCGUGUCCUCUUGGCUGGAGAUAUUUAAGCAUCUAAAAUGUCAUCUGUGAAGCCCCUAGUUUAUGCAGUUAUUCGUUUCUUGCGGGAACAAAGUCAAAUGGAUGCAUAUACUUCUGAUGAACAAGAAAGUUUGGAAGUUGCAAUCCAGUGUCUGGAGACAGUUUUUAAGAUCAGUCCAGAAGAUACACACCUCGCAGUUUCACAACCUUUGACAGAAAUGUUCACAAACUCCGUCUGUAAGAAUGACAUACGGCCGCUUUCAAACUCGGUGCCUGAGGAUGUGGGAAAGGCCGACCAGCUGAAGGACGAAGGCAAUAACCACAUGAAGGAAGAAAAUUAUGCUGCCGCAGUGGACUGCUACACGCAGGCAAUAGAACUGGAUCCCAACAAUGCGGUUUAUUAUUGCAACAGGGCUGCUGCUCAGAGCAAAUUAAGUCACUACACAGACGCCAUCAAGGACUGCGAGAAGGCCAUCGCAAUUGAUUCAAAGUACAGCAAGGCCUACGGAAGGAUGGGGCUAGCCCUCACUGCCAUGAAUAAGUUUGAAGAGGCAGUUACAAGCUACCAGAAGGCAUUGGAUCUUGAUCCUGAAAACGAUUCCUAUAAGUCAAAUCUGAAGACAGCGGAGCAGAAGUUAAGAGAGGUGUCCAGUCCUACAGGAACUGGGUUGAGCUUUGACAUGGCUAGCUUGAUAAAUAACCCGGCAUUCAUCACCAUGGCUGCAAGUUUAAUGCAGAACCCUCAAGUUCAGCAGCUAAUGUCAGGGAUGAUGACAAAUGCCAUCGGAGGACCUGCAGCUGGAGUUGGAGGCCUAACAGACCUGUCUAGCCUUAUCCAAGCGGGGCAGCAGUUUGCGCAGCAGAUACAACAACAGAAUCCUGAACUCAUAGAGCAGCUGAGAAAUCACAUCCGGAGCAGAUCCUUCAGCAGCAGCACCGAGGAACACUCCUGACUUGACCGGGACCCUCGCCCCAGUACAAACAUUCAGACAUGUACACCUGUAGAUAAUAGCCAAAAACAAAGUAACAAAAACCACCCUAUACAAUGUCUGAAAAUAACAAGGAAGUCUCCUGUGUAAACCUGAGAGAAUACAUCUGUUUAGAUAAUAGUUUACCACAAGCAGACUUGAACAUAAUUACAGACUCCUUUGGAAAGCAGUGAUCAGUAAGUAGCUUUGUUAAGGGCGAACACAGCCCUGGGACAAGGGUCCAUCCAUUUUAAAACUUUUAUCAUCAUAUUUGUAUAUUAGACUUAGUACAGAGUAUAUUUAUUGAAUAGUAGGGCUAUUUAUUGGAAAGUUCUUAAGCUGCAGGUUUGCCUAGGCAGUGGUCUCGAGAGGGGCGAUGCUGGUUUAGAAGAAAUGUGCUCGGCAGCACAUCUGGAGAGACGCAUGGCAUGUGCUACCAUCAGCGACACAUGUCUAUCACAAGUGAUGCUCUGAAGAUACUGUGAAUGUAUAGAAAGCAAAGGUAGUAUGCUCAGGUUUUCUGCAUAGAUUUUUUAACUAAUCUUGUCUGUAGCUUUGUGUUGAUAGCAUUCGCAUGGCCAGUUAAGUACAUACUUAAACAUACUUAGAAAUCCUUCACGAUGCCGGUCAGGUCAGUGACAGAACUGCUUCAUUGAAUUGUCACAGCUUAACUGUCACAAUUUCAUUGCUGGUAAACUUACCUAGGGCACUAUCUAAUUACAUUUAAAGAAGCCACUGACGUGUCCCCAGAUUAUGGGAUUCCUAAGUGGAAUUUAAUUAUGUGCCCAUCAAAGACAACGACGACGACGACUACGACGAUGAUGAUUGUCUUUACCUUACCAUUAUUUGAUGGCUAACAGAAGCCUCUAUCCCUAACACUGUUCAUGUGUGUUAUCCUUUGGUGCAGUUUGGCUUGGCAUGUCAGUUCUUAUGCUUAACUUUAAUUUAUUGCAAUUUAAAUGUAACAGGAGACUUCAAAUAUCCUAUUUUCAGUUGGAUGCCACACUAUGCAUCUGGCAUGUGGUCAGCAGGAAGAAAUGACAUGAUAUUAAUGGGGGGACUCUCGGUGCACUGACGGACGAGAAAGCUCAUUUCAAACGGAAUUGCCUUAUUAAUCAAAAUCUUGGUUGAAUGGGGCUGAAGUGUAAUUACAAGUGCUGAGGGAAAGGUGAAAAAGGAAGCAGUUUAAAAUUGAUGAGGGGGUGGGGCCUUCCCAUACUGUUCGCAAAGCUGUGUGUUUAGUAUCUUGAGGUUUCAAAACUAACCUUUUCUUAUUUUGCCUUUUCUGAGACAGUGGUUCUGUAAUUUCACUAUAAACAUCAAGUGAUGGGAAAUUAAUUCUAAAUUCAGGUUUAGGGUUAUAUCAUCCUGCUUGGAAUCCCCAUUUUAAGCAGUACACUGUGCAGUUAGGACUCAACUUUAGAAUAAAAGGUCAGAGGUAACAGGUAAUUUAUUGCCAGCUGGCACCUGCUCAGGCUCACUUGGGACAAACAAAACACAGUUCUGGAGAGAGCAGGGCUUAAAUAGGAGGGCCUCUGACGAACUGUGCUGUGGAAGCUCAUUCAGCAUCUUUACAGGGAGAAGCACUCAUUGGUUCCAUAAAAGUUCAAACUAUAAUCAAAGAAAAUGAAAAAUUGACACUUAAGUAAAAACCAGUCAUUCAAUGUUGAUAAUCCUAGAAUGUGCUUUUAAUUCAAUAAAAUUGGUGAAUCCUUGGUGUAUCAACUAGGAAAGAGGAAAUACAAACGGGCAGUACGAGAGAGAUGAAAAUGCCCGAGUGCUGUCUGAGACCAGGGUUCUCAUCGUCACUGCAUUAGAAAGGAAACAGAUGGGAACAAAGAGCAGAUGUACCACUGAACAGAUCCUGGAGCUGAUAAAGGAAACCAGGAUGACUGGGAGCACGGUCGGUCAGUCGUGCUUGCCCAGCACAUGUGAAGGAAGCCCUGGCUCACCCCUUCCCUAGCACUGCAACAGGCAUGGUGGUGUGCACCUGGAGUCCCAGCACGCGAGAGGUAGUCAGGACCAGGUAGCAUCACUCUUGGCUACACAGUAAGAUGCUAGCCUGGGCUACAUGCUAGCCUGGGCUACAUGAACCCUGUCUCAGAAACAAAAAUCAAAACCCAAAACACCCCAGUAGAAAACAAAACCUAACAACCCAAACAACAACAAAACGGACAAUUAGAAAACCUCAUGGCUUGCUCUAGAUUUCUGUAUUUAGCAAAUUUGGGAAACAAAUCUUUGUGAGGAAGCUAAGCUGAAUAGGCCUGUCUCUGUUAAAAAAUUCAGUACCUUCCAGGAAAAAAAAAAUAAGGCUCAGAUGAUUUCAGAGGUCUUAGGAGAGAAUAUCCAUUCUCUAUAACUCUUGCAAAACAGACAAGGAAGAAACAGUCCCCAACUCAUUUGAGCAGUCAUACUCUGGCAAGAAUUAACAGUUUGAACACUAUCUUCAUGUGCUAAUGCAGUUCUUAUGUGAAAUACAGAAACCAGUGGAUCUUCCACUUCAAGGAUCUAUUUUGUUUCUUUGGGAAGGAAUAGACACAGAAGUUGCCUCCCACUUCCAUAGAUUUUCUUUAUAUUCAGGACACCCUUUACUCUUCAGGUUUGCCCAUCACAUUGGAAUCAUCACACUGUAAGCUAUUUCAAGAAUUUUUUGGUAUGGUCUGAUUGAGCUAGCUGUCUUAAAAGUUUAAGAUACUUCCCCAGCAUUCUUGUCUAGGAAAUGCACUUGCUAAGAGAAACAGGGCAUUGAAUACUUCCAUAAGUUCUAAUUAGUGAUGCCUGACUUCCAUGAACCCAUUUCACUGGAGUAGCUGAAGCUGUUACCGUGCUAUGCAAAACCCAACAUGUCCUUUUUAUGGAAAUGGAAUUUUCAUUUACUGUAUCAAAUCAUCAAUCUAGUUUUUAUAAUAGUUGACUCAGAUCCUUUAUAAGAUGGCAUUAUCUAUCCUUUAUUUAAAGUACGAAUAAUACACAGCUAUGUUGUUUAUACACAGAAGAGACUUUGUAACUCGAAGAAUAUAGCAGAAUAUGUUGUACAUUCUGACUGAAUGAAACAGUGGUUCAGUCACAAGAGGAUGCUGAUAAAUAUGACUUGACCAGUCUGUCAUCCUAAAGGAACGGACCUCAGUUCUUACUGCUUGUAUUUCAUUUUGCACACAUUCAUCAAUCAUGACUAAUGUGAGGGGCAAGUCUUCUAAAUAUACCUUUCAUUUUGGACCAAACAAUUUGUCAUGGCAAUAAAUAAUUAUGCAUUUAAGAAAACAGGUUUUGUCUUUGAAUUAAUGCAGUCCUCCAUUGUAAUGAGUUAUAUAAUUUUUAGAACUAUUUAUUUAUUUAAUGUAUGAAUACACUGUUGCUGUCUUCAGACACACCAGAAGAGGGCAGUAGAACCCGUUACAUAUGGUUGUGAGCCACCAUGUGGUUGCUGGGAAAUGAACUUGUGACCACUGGAAGAGCAGUUAGCACUCUUAACCUCUGAGCCAUCUCUCCAGCUCCUGAAUGGUUGUAAUUAAAUGGACAAAUAAACCUUGUAUAUUAGUACAUGUUAGAGAGUUAAGAAUCAGAUAUAAAGUUGGAAUCAUUUAAAUGUGUAUUAGGAAAAUAAGCUCUUUAUUCUUCAGUGGGGAAAACCCCCGGAGUCUUUGAGUUAAAGCUAGAUAAUUACUCAAUUGUUGAAAGUUAAAUGAGUCCAUCAAUCCUGGCCCGCUCCUGAGUGUCUGUUAAUGUGUGUUGGUAUGUAUACGCUAAGACAGACAUGCACCCAUACAACGAUUUUGAAAACAACUAAAAAUGUUUAUCCUGUGUGAGUCAGGAAAUAAUCAGGUUGCAGGAAGGGUACCUGAAUUGUUUUAAACAGGCCCUUCUUUUAUUGACUAAGCACCUAGGAAAGAGCCUGUAGUUAACUAUAUUUAGUUUAACUAAAUCUCUACAUUAAGUAUUAUGAAAAUUUGAUAAUCCUAAAACAAAUGGUGUCUCCCAGACAGAGUUAGCAUGCCGCCUAGGGGCCUUGGCAAGCAGGUGCCAUCAACCAUGGAUACACCUGCUAGUCUGCUCAGAUGGCAGGAUUCAUCUGUCCACAGAGCGUCAGACAUCUGAUACCUGGCCCUUUACAAAAAGCUUUGCUGACUGCUUUUUAUAUACUUGUUGGACAAAAAGCCUCAAAGAUGAGCUUGUUGGAAACAAAAUAUGACAGUUAUCUUAAAGGACACAAAAUACGU